GUCAUUACAUCAAAGUUUCAUAUCUCACCGUCAAAAUUACUAUCAGAAAAAUGAGUAGCAUAAUAACAAAGGUUCUAAGUCUUCCUGUACAAUUCCCUUUAAUCCGUGGCAUGGUGUCAUAUGCGAUAAUAUGGCCAACUUGUAGCAUCGCCCAGGACUAUAUAGCGAACGGUACAACCAUACAAAAUGCUGAUUGGAAUAGAGCAGCUAGAUACAGCUUCUUUGGCACAUUCUGUAUGGCCCCUGUGUUUUAUGGUUGGUUGAAGUUUUCGAGCCGAUAUUUUAAACGGAAAACGCUGUUUACGGCGAUUAAAAGAGCUGUUAUUGAACAGGUAUCAUACUCCCCAGCGGCAAUGGCAUACUUCUUUUUCGGCAUGAGUUUGCUCGAACAAAAGCCUCUGAAAUCCUGUAUCAACGAAGUGAGAGAAAAAUUCUGGCCGACAUACAAGAUUGGCGUCAUAUUUUGGCCGACAGCGCAGACAAUUAACUUCUACUUUGUGUCAGAGAAGAACCGCAUCGUUUUCGUUAGCGCCGCUAGUUUUGUGUGGACUAUUUAUUUGGCGCAUAUGAAAGCGUUGGAGACUGAAAAGUGA